GAUUUCUAGCAUCGUGGACACAAGCCUGAAAUCCCGUAUCACACGGAUUAAGAUUGAGAUUAAAUUGAAAAUUGGCUAAUCAGAGCAAAGUUCACUUGAGCUUAGUGAAUUUUGCUUUGAUUGGCUAAAUUUCAAUUCAAUCUCAAUCCUAAUCUAUAAUCUGAUACGGGUUUAAGACACAUUUCACAUAAGCAAAACAUUUAGGGAGUUACCAGUCUAGUUAUAUAUAGAAGCUUGUGGCAGUGACUCUAGACGCGCGCGACAGCCAUGUUUCGAGAGCGCAUGUACCGUUCGUGGUCCGGUCGAAAUAGUGGUCCUCUAAUAUUCGGCCGUAAUUACCGCCCGCGGCAGAUAAACGCCCGGCAAUAAUAAGCGGAGGCGUGUAAGCCGAGUUGGGAAAUUGCAUUCGCGCUUAAUCAGACCCGAUCGCCGCGACGUUAUAUACUUGCGACACGUCGCGUCGUGAUGCGCUCGUCGUAGCCACAGCCAACUUCAGAGGCGUGUCAUGGUUGCGAUCAGCAGCGCAGCGUUGUUCCUGCUAGCGUUCCCCUACAGCCGCUAUUCGUCAUCGAAUUUCUAUGAAAGAUGCUCUCGUUAGGCCCGAAAAAGGACGGCGGUCCCAACGCGAAGUUCUUCGAGUCGCCGGAUAUCCUCGCCCAGCUCGACAGCGUGAAACAGUGGCUACUGAAGAAUUGCAAAAAGUAUGUGCAAACGGAUCCUCCCAGCAACAAGAGCUUAGCCACACUGUUGGUGCAGCUGCUUCAGUUCCAGGAGGAUAACUUAGGAAAAAAUGUGUCCAAGCCACCUAUGACUAGACUUCCUAUGAAAUGUUUUCUGGAUUUUAAGCCUGGUGGAGGACUGUGUCAUAUAUUAGCAACUGCGUAUCGUUUCAAACAUGAGCAAGGAUGGCGGCGGUUCGAUUUUCCUGGUGGAAAAUCUGGUUCACGUACGGACCGCACGGUGGACAUGUUAAUGGCAGCAGAACGUGCUUUAAUACAGAAUAGAUGUAUGAACACACCGACUAUUUACGUAAGACCAGAGGUCGACAAAACCACAGCUGUAAAAGUAAAGGAGGCGAUUAGGAGACAUCAGGGAACCGUGACGGAAAGCGAAGCGGAUGCUACGCACAUCAUCUAUCCUCCGGUAGAUCCGAUGGAAGAGGAAUAUGCACGACCCUGUAUGAAACGCGAACGAUCGAUUUUACUUCAUUGGUACUAUUUUCCGGACAGUUACGACUCGUGGACGACGCUAGAUUUGCCUUGGGAUUAUCCCGAAGGAACUCUUAUGAAUACAAAUUCAAGAUCCGUGUACAAAGUAUCAGCUACGUGGGCAUUAGAUCUGGAUCAAUAUAACGAGUGGAUGAACGAAGAAGAUUACGAGGUAGACGACAGCGGUCAGAAGAGAGUGCACAAAUACAGGCUUUCCGUGGAAGAUUUGAUGGCGCAACCGUCCCAUCCACCGCCCACGAAAAAGCCCAAGAGGAAGCGAUCGCCUAGUCCACCUCCAAAGCUCGGCAAGCGUAAAAGUAGUAGAGCACCGUCGGGUAUUCAAAGCGCUUCGUCUGCCUCAUCGGCAGCGGCCCCCAAGAAAUCGCGCGGGGGUGAGGAAGAAGAAGAUCUGACCCAAGGAAUGGAGGAUCCACCCGCAGAACCUCGUAUCGUAGAGGUCGUCGCUACUCCGACGAAUCCGCCAAUUACGGGUCAAAGCAACGCAACGACAGGCAACUCCACACUUGCAUCUGCGGGUAGUAAAAAGCAAGACAGUGAACUCCAGCCGCUCAAAUCGGGAAAUAUGGCUGACCUCGACGAACCGAUGGAAGGUGAUAAAGGGAGCUCUCAAGGUGGCCAGGAUAGGGAAGAAAGAGACACCAGUAAAGAAAGAGGUGAAGGUGGCAAAAGCGAUGAGCCUGAAGACAAUGUGACCGAACAAACUCAUCACAUUGUCGUUCCCAGUUAUUCCGCCUGGUUUGAUUACAACUCGAUUCACACUAUCGAAAAGAGAGCCCUAUCGGAAUUCUUCAAUGGCAAGAAUAAGUCGAAGACUCCGGAGAUUUAUCUUGCGUAUAGGAAUUUUAUGAUCGACACCUAUCGAUUAAAUCCGACAGAGUAUAUCACAUCGACUGCUUGCAGACGGAAUUUAGCUGGGGACGUAUGCGCGAUUAUGCGUGUCCACGCGUUCCUGGAACAAUGGGGUCUCAUCAAUUAUCAAGUGGACGCAGAAUCCAGGCCGACACCAAUGGGACCUCCUCCAACGUCGCACUUCCACGUUUUAUCGGAUACGCCGUCCGGUUUGGCACCGGUAAAUCCAAAUCCUCCAAAAACUCCACAACCGUCCGCUGCGAAGACGUUACUCGACUUGGAGAAAAAACCAGCCGGGGCGACUGCUGUCGGCGCAGAGGAGAAGGUCUCGGCCGGCGCGAUGGCGAACUUCGGUCUGAAGAUCGACCAGUAUUCCAGAAAACCAGCAGUGUUGAAGAACAAGCAAGCGGCGGGCGCCACUCGCGACUGGACGGAGCAAGAGACGCUCUUACUAUUAGAAGGAUUGGAAUUGCACAAGGAUGAUUGGAACAAAGUAUGCGAACACGUCGGCUCGAGAACUCAAGAUGAAUGUAUUUUGCACUUCUUACGUCUACCUAUAGAAGACCCAUACUUGGAGGAAGGUGGUCCCGAGGGAUUGGGACCGUUGGCUUACCAACCGGUGCCAUUCUCCAAAGCUGGCAAUCCCGUUAUGAGUACAGUUGCUUUUCUAGCAUCGGUUGUGGAUCCUAGGGUAGCUGCGAGUGCCGCGAAAGCUGCCAUGGAAGAGUUUGCAGCGAUCAAGGAUCAAGUGCCAGCUGCGUUGCUGGAUCAACACUUAAGAAACGUUCAAGCCAGCGCUAAUUCGGACGGUAAAUUUGAUCCGGCGGCGGGUUUAGCGCAAUCAGGUAUCGCUGGCACAGGACCACCCGAACCGCCAGACGAUACGACGGCGUCUUCCACGACACCCUCUGUGCCGGCGGGUGCGAGUAAUUCACCACAUACAACAGCGCCCACUUCCGAAGUGAAGAAAGAUGAUCAGGAGAAGUCGAAGGAGUCAACAGACGUCGAACAAUCUCAAAUGGAUGUCUCAAAGAAGGAGGAUGAGUCGAAGGAGAACGAAGAGGACGCAAAGUCCGCUACUGAUCCUGAAGCCAUAGAAGCGAAGGAGAAAAAAGAUAAGGUUGUAAGAGAUGCCCAAUUACAAUCCGCGGCAGCAGCUGCGUUAGCCGCUGCGGCCGUUAAAGCAAAGCAUUUGGCAGCCGUGGAAGAGAGAAAGAUCAAAUCGUUGGUUGCGUUAUUGGUCGAAACGCAGAUGAAAAAACUUGAGAUCAAGUUGCGUCAUUUCGAGGAGCUGGAGACGACGAUGGAGCGGGAGCGCGAAGGUCUUGAAUAUCAACGGCAGCAGCUCAUAACUGAGAGGCAACAGUUCCAUCUGGAGCAAUUGAAGGCGGCGGAGUUCAGGGCGCGCCAGCAGGCGCAUCAGCGACUGGCUCAGGAGCAGCAGCAGCAGCAACAGCAACAACAGCAGAAUCAACAUCCGCCCUGGCAGCCGACCGCGCAACAGCAACAGCAACAACCGCCGAGUCCGCAGGCACAGGCGCAACAACCACCGUCGCACACGCCACCGCAGCAGACAUAACUCUCUUAUGGAUCUUUCGGCGGCCGCUCCGGAUUGAGGACACGUAAGGAGGACAUCAGAUGGGAAUGAUAGUGCUGGAGAAGCUGUGUCAUGUAAGCCCGCCUAACCACACCACUCGUGCAGCAGUAUAGCAAGUUCGCAAGAUCAAGAGCGAGGGAACCGACCCGCGUCAGUUGAAAGUCGACUAAAUAAACGGCCUGCAGAAACACAGUAUUAAAGUCAAGUUGUCGGGUCUUUAGUGUGAUCGUAGGGGUGCACCUCGGAUCCGUGUCAGCUGAUAUUACGCAGAGCCUCAAACAGAGCUAUCGUUUCACGAAUCACAACUACUUACGGGGAAGAGAAAUAUGCUAGAUAUUCUUGCAACAAAAAUAUCUUCUCCCUAUUUGCUUUCCUGCAAUACAAUUGUAACACAUUAGGUGUUAUUGUAUUACAGGAAAUUUAUUGACAAAUUGUCUAAUAUAAACGAAAGAAUCUACUUGAUUGAAAAAUUAUAAGCGUUAGAUAGCUCUUUCGAAGAUGAAUUUAAACGCGGGAAGAAGUAGUAAAUAAGAGUCUUGCCACACAGUUAACGCGGCUGUCACAUAUUGUAAGGAACAAUUAAUUACGAAGAUUUAUGCUUGUCCACCGACCCAGAAAUAUCCGUUGGCAAGAAGCUCAUUUCAUGAUUGCCACCAGUUUAUCACUUGGAUAUAAAUAAUUUUUUUUGCACGUAAAUUCUUUACUUUAUUGUAUUAAUUGAUGUUAUUUUUUUUAAUCUCUCUCAAAAAUUCUGAUCAAAAAAUCUGAUAAAAAAAUUUUUCAAGAAUAUUUUAUAAUCACGUUAUACCAUUAUUUUGCAGAGGAUCAUUUAUUGAAUGUAACAUCGUCAAUAUUACGAGAUAACAACUAUAGCAAGACUCUCAUUUCUUUUUAUGUUUAAAUUCGAUCAAAAAAGUAAUUACCCACGGCUGUGUAAUUUUGCGUGUGUGCGCGCGUAUGUUUUAUUUCUUUUUAACUCGUGUAUAUUGCUCUGAAAUAUUUGUCACAUAAUGAAAGCAGUUGCUUAAAAAUGAUUGGACGGGAUUUAUUUCAGUUGACUGUGUGUGACUCUUAUUUUAUGUGUAUAUGUAUAAAAGACAGAGGGAUCUUUUCUUCGUAUCCGGCUACACGGAUCUGGGUGAGCAACUUCGGCGAAUUAAAAUCUUUCCAAUGAUUCACAGAUGGAAAAGAAACCUUUGAGAAAAACGUAAUAUAAGAAUCUUAUAAAUUUAUAUAAUAAAAGUGUAUGGAACAAA